AUGUGUGAAACAACUUCAGUGGAGAAAUACACACAAGUAUACUUGGAUGAAACUGUUGCGAAACAUGGUGUGCCGCUAAAGAUUACUUCCGAUCGUGAUAGUAGCUUCACUUCUGAUUCUUGGGCAAGUAUGCAAUGUGAAUUAAGAUCUUGUGUCACUCUUAGCACAAUUUAUUAUCCCCAAACAGAUGGACAUAAUGUCCUUGGCGGUCCUGAAAUGAUUCAAGACACCAUUGACAAGAUUCAGAUUGAACGAGGAAGAAUGAAAGCAGCCCAAGAUCGACAAAAGUCCUAUGCAGUAAAGAGAAGAAGACCCAUAGAACUCCAGGUGGAUGAAUUCGUAAUGCUGAAGGUAUCCCCAUGGAAAGGAAUUAUGCGAUUUAGGAAGAAAGGAAAAUUGAGUCCUAUAUUUAUUGGACCUUUCAAAAUCAUCCAGAGAAUUGGUAAGCAAGCAUACCAUUUGGAGUUGCUAGAAGAUUUCGCAGGUAUUCAUGAUGUAUUUCAUGUAAGUUAUCUGCGUAAAUGUUUAAGCAUAUAUGAUGAAACGGUCCCGUUAUUCGAGGUGAAACUAGAUAAUAAAUUAAGAUAUGUAGAAGAAUAUGAAGAGAUCGUAAACGAAAGAACAACUGAAUUACGUAAUAAAGAAAUGGAAUUGCAUUGA